CCUCCCCGUGUCCCUUCUUCCCUGUCUCAUCUGUGUCUCCGUUAGUGCUGUCCUGUCCUCUCAUCGCUGCUGUGCUGUACUCUGCUCCGCUCUAUCGGCUCUAUCUCUCUCUCUCUCUCCCCGCUUCGCUCGGCUCGGCUCGGCUCGGCUCGCUCCCCGGAUCAUGGAGCUCGCGGCGCUCUGCUUGGUGCUGCUGAUCGCGAGCCUCGGUUCGGGCUUCUCUGCUGCUGAUUGGGACCCGGCGGUACCGGAGCCAAGCUACUACGAGGAGGCGACCGGUUCUCCAGAAACCAUCGACUACAAAGACCCGUGCAAAGCCGUGGCGUAUCUGGGAGACAUUGCGCUGGAUGAGGAGGACAUGCGCAUGUUUAAAGUGGAUCGUAUUGUGGAUGUAGCCCGGAGAACAGUCACGACCCUCAACCAUACAGACACAGGUAUACCUGCCAACGAGACGAGUCUUAACGCAACCGCGUCUAAUCGGCAGAGAUCGCGGCGCAGGAAGAGAGCUGCGACGUCUCGCCCGGAAAGGGUGUGGCCCGAAGGAGUCAUCCCUUAUGUUAUUAGUGGCAACUUUAGUGGUAGUCAGAGGGCAAUAUUUAGGCAGGCGAUGAGGCAUUGGGAGAAACACACGUGUGUAACAUUUAUUGACAGAACCACAGAGGACAGCUACAUCGUCUUCACCUACCGGCCGUGUGGGUGUUGCUCGUACGUGGGCCGCAGGGGCGGGGGGCCCCAGGCCAUUUCUAUCGGGAAGAACUGCGACAAGUUUGGAAUCGUGGUGCAUGAACUGGGUCACGUGAUUGGAUUCUGGCAUGAGCACACGCGGCCGGACAGAGACGAGCAUGUCAGCAUCAUCCGGGACAACAUCCAGCCUGGACAGGAGUAUAAUUUCUUGAAGAUGGAGCCGGGUGAAGUCGACUCUCUCGGGGAAGUCUAUGACUUUGACAGCAUCAUGCACUACGCCAGAAACACAUUUUCCAGAGGCAUUUUCCUGGACACCAUUCUGCCACGCUAUGACAUCAACGCUGUCCGUCCACCCAUUGGCCAGAGGACCCGGCUAAGCAAAGGGGACAUUGCACAGGCACGCAAACUUUACAAGUGUCCAAGAUGUGGCGACAGUCUGCAGGACAGCAGCGGGAACUUUUCCUCCCCUGGCUUCCCCAACGGCUACUCUGCCUACAUGCACUGUAUCUGGAGAAUAUCAGUCACACCAGGCGAAAAGAUUAUUCUCAAUUUUACCUCUAUGGAUCUGUAUCGGAGCCACCUGUGCUGGUACGAUCAUGUGGAGAUCAGGGAUGGGUACUGGAGGAAAGCACCACUUAAAGGUCGAUUUUGUGGAGAUAAGCUUCCUGAGCCGAUCAUUUCGACAGACAGUCGUUUGUGGAUUGAGUUUCGUAGCAGCAGCAACUGGGUAGGCAAAGGCUUUUCAGCAGUGUAUGAAGCUAUCUGUGGUGGUGAAGUGAAGAAGGAUAAUGGGCAGAUCCAGUCUCCUAACUACCCAGAUGACUACAGACCCAAUAAAGUCUGUGUAUGGAAGAUCACUGUGGCUCAAGGAUACCACGUUGGACUUACCUUCCAGUCCUUUGAGAUUGAGAGACAUGAUAGCUGUGCAUACGACUACCUGGAGGUCCGAGAUGGAAACUCUGAGAACAGUCCAUUACUUGGUCGUUUCUGUGGAUAUGACAAACCAGACGACAUCAAGAGCAGCUCAAACCAGCUGUGGAUGAAGUUUGUGUCUGACGGCUCAGUCAACAAAGCCGGCUUUGCUGCUAACUUCUUCAAAGAAAUGGACGAAUGUUCAAGGCCAGACAACGGUCGCUGCGAGCAGCGCUGUGUAAAUACGCUGGGCAGCUAUAAGUGUGCGUGCGAUCCAGGCUUUGAGCUGGCGGCGGAUAAGCGAAGCUGUGAGGCUGCGUGCGGCGGCUUUAUUACCAAGCUGAACGGUUCAAUCACCAGUCCCGGCUGGCCACGCGAGUACCCGCCCAACAAGAACUGUGUCUGGCAGCUGGUGGCACCCACGCAGUACCGCAUCACGCUGCUGUUUGAUGUCUUUGAGACCGAGGGCAACGAUGUGUGUAAGUAUGACUUUGUGGAGGUCCGGAGUGGACUGUCAGCAGACUCCAAGCUUCAUGGGAAAUUCUGUGGCGCUGAGAAACCAGAGACCAUCACGUCCCAGUACAACAACAUGCGCAUCGAGUUUAAAUCAGACAACACCGUCUCCAAAAAGGGCUUCAAAGCUCAGUUCUUCUCAGAUAAGGACGAGUGUUCGAAAGAGAAUGGUGGGUGCCAGCAUGAGUGUGUCAAUACAUUUGGUAGCUACAGCUGCCAGUGCAGAAGUGGCUUUGUACUACACGAGAAUAAACACGACUGCAAAGAAGCCGGCUGUGAUCACACAGUGAACAGUGUGAGUGGAACCAUCACCAGCCCUAACUGGCCUGAUAAAUACCCCAGUAAAAAAGCAUGUACAUGGGCUCUGAGCACCACGCCAGGACAUCGCAUCAAAAUUGCCUUCAACGAAAUUGACAUGGAGCCUCAUUUAGAAUGUGCUUACGAUCACAUUGAGGUCUAUGAUGGACGUGAUGGGAAGGCACCCAGCCUGGGACGCUACUGUGGCACCAAAAAACCUCCUCCGGUCACGUCCACUGGAAACAAGAUGUUCAUUCGCUUCUUCUCUGACAACUCGGUGCAGAAGAAAGGAUUUGAGGCUUCGCAUACUGCAGAGUGUGGAGGUCAACUGAAAGCAGAGGUGAAGACCAAAGACCUCUUCUCACACGCCCAGUUUGGAGACAACAACUACCCGGGAGCAUCAGACUGCCAGUGGGUGAUCUCAGCUGAGAAAGGCUACGGUGUGGAGCUCAUCUUCCAAACGUUUGAGAUUGAAGAAGAAGCCGACUGUGGUUAUGACUAUAUGGAGCUGUUUGAUGGAGCCGACACCAAGGGCCUGAGACUCGGGCGCUACUGUGGAUCUGGGCCUCCUGAGGAGAUCUACUCGGCCGGCGACUCCAUAGUCAUCAAGUUCCACUCAGACGACACCAUUAAUAAGAAGGGCUUCCACGUGCGCUACACCAGCACCAAGUUCCAGGACACGCUGCACUCACGCAAGAAGUGACCCCUAGUGGCCGGGAGGGGCCGCGCAGGGCCCAGGGGGAGGAGUCGAGGCGCCAAGCGGAGGGCGCUGCCCGUUGCUCGGAGCCCCCCGGCCGCCAACGCCAGCCGCAAGAAAGACGCCAACCGCACCUCAGUAGCUCGCAGGGGCUCUGGCACCCCCUACUGACUGUGAGGAGUAAAGCCAUUCUGCAGUAGACCUUGUUUUUACCUUUUUAUGAUUAUUAUGGUUAUGAUCUGGGGGUGGGGGGGGGGGGGGGGUGGGGGGCUGUGGGAAGUAGGAACAGGGGACUGAACUUGAUUAUUCUGGGGCCUUACACGACGGGGUGCGGGUAGAGAUGUGUAGAUGAUCGGUAUAUGAUCAUGCUCGGAUUCUAUUUUUUUUAAUGAGCCGAAAAGAUAAUAGCACGCACACACACACACACACACACACACACACAACAACAACAACAAACUCAAAACGAGGGCCGGCAGGAGCGGAUGAUGGAGUGGUCGGCUCUCACCAGACCGUCACACCACAGAUGGAAAAAGAAUGGCUCGAUCAGUGGAUGGAAGGAUAAAAGGGUGGAUCGAUGUGUUUUCCCAGUGCAUUGUGGGAAACCUGUUCUCUCUACACUCUCCGUUUUUCAAUCACAAUCACACAGUUGUGCCCAGCUGGUACCAUUGACACUGUAUAUCAGAGAGAUGCAUGUAAAAAAAAAAAAAAAAGAAACCAACAAACAAGCAGGCCAUUUUAAAGUGACUGAACAAGCAUUUGUACGAUUUUUUUCCUGGUUAGCCAGCCAGGAAGCUUCCUUCCAUAUUACCCUAAUCCAGGAAUUUAAAAAAAAAAGAUGCAGUUAUCGUAUUAAAAGACUAAUAAAUGAAA